AUGGCCGCGACAAAGCAUCUCCUCGCUGAGGGCGACGACAGCGUUGCCGAGAACCGCCCGAUCAAGAAGUCCAAGGUCGACUCCAGCGACGAUGCUGAGAAGGCCCGCUUGAAGAAGGAGAAGAAGGACAAGAAGAAGGAGAAGAAAGACAAGAAGGAGAAGAAGAAGAAGUCAGAAGAAGAAGAAAAUACCGAGGAGCCUGUAGAGAAGAAGAAGUCGAAAAAGGACAAGAAAGAGAAAAAGGCCAAGAAGUCUCAAGAUGAGGACGCAACUGAAGAACAGCCCGAAAGCAUGGACGUUGACGAGAAGCCCGUCGAAGACAAGAAACAAUCCAAGAAGGAUCGCAAAUCCAAGAAGGAGACCAACGGCAAUGCCUCCGAGGAAGCCUCCAACGGCAGCAGUUACGUCCAGACCAUGAGCCUCUCCAACGUCGCCCAAUCCGAAAUCGACGAGUACCUGUCCAAGAACGAGAUUGUCAUUACAGACCCCAACAACGUCACCGACAAGCUCCGACCCAUCACCGAAUUCCACCACCUCCCCUCAACCAACCUCCUCGAGAAGAAGCCUUCUCCCUUUGCCAACUACAAAGCUCCCACUCCCAUUCAGGCUGCCUCAUGGCCAUCUACUCUUUCUGGCCGUGAUGUGGUUGGUGUGGCCGAGACAGGCUCCGGCAAGACCAUGGCUUUCACUCUUCCCUGUGUAGAGGCCAUUUCCACCAUUGGAAAGAAGGGCAUCAAGGCGGUUGUUGUGUCACCUACCCGCGAGUUGGCCAUGCAGACAUAUGAGCAGAUGAGUGGAGUUGCUGCUCUGCUGAGACUCAAGUGCGUCUGUCUCUAUGGUGGUGCUUCAAAAGACGACCAGCGAGCGCUUCUCCAGAGGGGCGCCGACAUCAUCGUGGCCACUCCCGGUCGAUUGAAGGACUUCAUGUCUGACGGAACUGUCGAUUUGAGCGGCUGCAAAUUCGCCGUCUUGGACGAGGCCGAUCGUAUGCUGGACAAGGGUUUCGAAGAGGACAUCAAGCUGAUUCUUGGCUCCUGCCCUCCCCGAGAGGAGCGCCAAACGCUCAUGUUCACUGCUACCUGGCCGUUCUCCGUCCAGAGCCUGGCAUCCAGUUUCAUGGUUAACCCAGUCAAGAUCACCAUUGGAUCUCGCGGCAAGGAGACUGAGAACGGCUCAGUAGAGCUGCAGGCCAACACCCGUAUUACACAAAAGGUCGAGGUUGUGGACCCCAGAGACAAGGAAUUCAGACUCUUGCAAAUCAUCAAGCAGCAUCACCAGGGCAAGCAAAAGGAUGACCGAAUUCUGGUCUUUUGCUUGUACAAGAAGGAGGCCACUCGUAUCGAGGGCUUCCUUGGCCGUAAGGGCGUUCGCGUGGCUGGUAUUCACGGAGAUUUGAAGCAGGAGCAGCGAACCAGAAGCUUGGAGGCUUUCAAGUCUGGCAACACACCAGUUCUGGUUGCUACAGAUGUGGCUGCUCGAGGAUUGGAUAUUCCCGAGGUCAAGCUUGUCAUCAAUGUUACAUUCCCUCUCACUAUCGAGGAUUACGUCCACCGUAUUGGGCGAACUGGCCGAGCCGGCAAGACAGGCGAGGCCAUUACCAUGUUCACCAUCCAAGACAAGGCGCACUCUGGAUCUCUCAUCAACAUCCUCAAGGGUGCCAACCAGCCUGUCCCCGACGAGCUGAUGAAGUUUGGCACUGUCGUCAAGAAGAAGACUCACGACAUGUACGGCGGCUUCUUCAAGGACGUGGAUCCGAACCAGAAGUCGACAAAAAUUACUUUUGAUUAG